UUUUUAAUAAACCAUGUGGAAUUACUUAUUCGGCGGCAACAAGGCGCAGAAGAAAGAGUUGCCCAAGAAGGCAAUUGUUGAGUUGAGAGAACAUAUCCAAAUGCUUAACAAGAAGCGGACACAUUUAGAAGGACAAAUUGCUGAUCAAGAAGCACUUGCUAGAAAACAUAUUGCCACAAACAAGGCACUUGCAAAGAAUGCUUUGAAACGUAAGAAGGGAUAUGAAAGCAAUCUUAUGAAGAUAGAAAACCAAAUUGACUCCUUGGAAACACAACUCACUGCCAUUGAAGGAGCCAACUUGAACUUGGAAACCAUGAAGGCCAUGAAACAAGGUGCUAGUGCUAUGAAGCAAAUACAUGGUGAGUAUGACGUAGACAAGGUUGAGAGUACUAUGGAUGAUAUUAGGGAACAAGUUGAAUUAGCAGAUGAGAUUUCUGAAGCCAUUUCAAGACCUGUUGGUGGCGAGUACAUCGAUGAGGAUGAAUUAGACGAAGAAUUGGCACAAUUACAAGAAGAAGCUAAUGAAGCUGCCCAAGUCCCAGCAGCAAAGGUACCACAACAGAAACAACAGCAACAACAAGCCAACUUGCCGGCAUUCCCUGCGGUUAAUAAGACCAAGCCACAAGAAGAAGAGGAGGAUGAAGAUGAAGAGGCUUUAAAGGCAUUACAGGCUGAAAUGGGAUUAUAGUGAUUGGGUAGGAUUAGGCUGUUCGCAUUUCAAAGGGCUGUAGGAGAAUGAGAAAGAAGAGAGAGGGAGCUUUGAGAGCUACUCUUAGUUUGUAGAAGAUCAUCGUAUAUUUUGA